ACAGGGGAUCUCAGCAUGCCUCACAAGAGCAAAAAAGACAAGGAAACUAAACCUGGAAGAUCCAAAAAGUCUGGAGGUAAAAAUGGGCCUACUGACGACCAAGAUGGCUCCAGUAAGAAAGUGCCUCCAGCAACUCAGGUGAUGAGGGUGAAGCAGCCCGGGUCACACUCAGCUGUGAAGAGGGAGAAAAGGUUCAGCACUUCCUCUUUCCCCCUCAGCGCUAACAGAGAGCUGCAGAAACUGGCUGCACUGGCAGAUGUGGCCCCCGCAGAGCAGGAGAAGCUCUUCAUUCAGAAGCUACGGCAGUGCUGCGUUCUUUUUGACUUCCUGUCCGACCCGCUGAGUGACCUGAAAUGGAAGGAAGUGAAGCGGGCGGCGCUGAGCGAAAUGGUGGAGUACAUCACCCACAACAGGAAUGUCAUCACAGAGCCCAUCUACCCGGAGGUGGUGCACAUGUUUGCGGUGAAUAUGUUCAGAACGUUGCCUCCAUCGUCCAACCCCACUGGAGCGGAGUUUGAUCCAGAGGAGGACGAGCCAACACUUGAAGCUGCGUGGCCACACCUCCAGCUCGUCUAUGAAUUUUUCCUUAGGUUUUUAGAAUCGCCCGACUUUCAACCUAACAUAGCAAAGAAAUACAUCGACCAGAAAUUUGUUAUGCAGCUCCUAGAACUAUUUGACAGUGAGGAUCCCAGAGAGAGAGACUUCCUCAAAACUACCCUCCACAGGAUCUAUGGAAAGUUCCUGGGGCUGAGAGCGUACAUCAGAAAACAGAUCAAUAACAUUUUCUAUAGGUUUAUCUAUGAGACAGAGCAUCAUAAUGGUAUAGCUGAACUACUGGAAAUACUUGGAAGCAUAAUCAAUGGAUUUGCCUUACCACUAAAAGAAGAGCACAAGAUUUUCCUGUUGAAGGUUUUAUUGCCUCUGCACAAAGUCAAAUCACUCAGUGUCUACCAUCCACAGCUGGCCUACUGCGUGGUGCAGUUUUUGGAAAAGGACAGCACUCUAACCGAGCCGGUGGUAAUGGCUCUACUAAAGUACUGGCCAAAGACUCACAGUCCCAAGGAAGUGAUGUUCCUCAACGAGCUGGAGGAGAUCCUGGACGUCAUCGAGCCCUCUGAGUUUGUUAAAGUGCAGGAGCCUCUCUUCAGACAGCUGGCCAAGUGUGUGUCCAGCCCGCACUUCCAGGUGGCAGAGAGAGCUCUGUACUACUGGAACAACGAGUACAUCAUGAGUCUGAUCAGCGACAACGCAGCAAAGAUCCUGCCAAUUAUGUUCCCUGCUCUGUACCGCAACUCCAAGACCCACUGGAACAAGACCAUCCACGGCCUCAUCUACAACGCUCUGAAGCUUUUCAUGGAGAUGAAUCAGAAGCUAUUUGACGAUUGCACACAGCAGUUCAGGGCUGAGAAAAACAAAGAGAAGGCGAAAUCAAAAGAACGUGAAGAGGCCUGGAUCAAGAUCGAGAACCUCGCCAAGUCGAAUCCACAGUUCUUUAUGUAUGUUGAUUCCUCUGACCUCAAUAGUCCUGUAGCAAUGGAGACGGAUGUCCCUUUGAUAGAAGAUGUUCAGAGGUUAAAAAAGACAGUUGAGGAGGGCGCGACUCAGUUGCAGCAUGACCAGCGGAAAGAGCGGCCUAUGGUGCGACGCAAAUCUGAGUUGCCUCAGGAUAUCUACACCACAAAAGCCUUGGAGUCCCACCGCAGAGCUGAAGACAUGUUGACCACCCAAGAUGGACUCUAGGUCCCGCCACCUGCCGGCUCUUUGUUCAACUGCCCCUUUUACCCUCGACAGCCAUGGACAUCCUCUUCGCCCAGGCACCAGAAUUACACUGGCGGUCCACAUCGGGCUCUCCAUCCCUCCUCCCACUAUCAGUUUACCCAGAAUCCUCAGUUGUCCUUCAUUCCUGCUGCCCCAGUGCAGAAGCCCUGCAUCCUCCUCCCUCCGAUUUCUGCUUUCUCAGGUUUUUUUCUUUAUUUGGAGAGGAGCGUGUGUCUUUUAGCCCUCGCCACAUACAUUGUGUUCUCCGAUUAUCUUCCCCAUCGGUUCCUCAUCCUUUCUCUUUCCAUCCCCUUGUGCACUCACUGUAAAUGUGGAACCUGGGAGUACGGAUGCCACAACGCUGGUUCCUUCAUUCCUUCUUGCAAACACAAUGGAUCGGACACGGAAAACUUCGGAACUCGCUGUCUGAGGAUCGUUUCUUGGUCUCUGCUUGGUUUUCUUUUCUGUCAAAGGGAACAAAAACAGAACCCUUAAGUCAGAUCAAGACAAGACUUUCCUGUCAUCCGUUGUGAGUUUUCUUUUUUUUUUUCUUUUUGUCAUUGUUACGGACAUCUUGUCAGUGCCAAGACUGUUGUGUUCUUUAUGUUUGUUUCAUGUUUUUAUCUGUGACUUAAACAGGGACAUCUGCCUUUGUUUUUGGUCACUGGUGUUUGAAAGAUUUUUUUUGUUUGUUUGUUUAAUUAAGCACACCAGACCAAACUGAGGCUCGUCCUUAGCCUUGCAAUGUCCAGGAAAGGUGGCGAGGAAAGAGGAAGUUGUCCCGUGGACAUCUGACACUUUCCAUUUUAUUGUUUUGUGCCAUAUGCCGCUCUUUUAUAUGCUUGCUUCCUUACGUUCAUGGGCAAUAUUUGAAAACCAGACUGCAGUGAUGACUGGACAGUUCAAACAAUGGUACUUUCUGUUUUGGGCUUCAGCAGAUGACGAUGAACCGGAGUGUAAGCUGUUCGUAUUUGCUACCUAAGUUGCGGUGGCAGCAUCAGGGCUUGGAUGUAGCAGAAGAGCGGUCGGUUACAUUUAAUGGCGGCAUACUGAAGAAAAAGCAGACAGUGUGGCUGUGAGGUGUUCAAGGUGAGCGGUGGGUUUUAUAAACUGUCAAACCAGUCGGGAUCUUCGUAAAGGAUUUCUAAUUAUUAGAGAUUAGUUUGUGUUGAAUGGGAGAGGAGGCACAGAUCUGUACUGACUCAACACCCUAAAAACUCCAUUCACUGAUGGUCGUAUCUAAGUUUGGACCUUUUGCUCAUUGUUUGUUUAUUUGGAGAGCAUCUAGGUCUGUUGAUACUGUGUGCUAUAAAGAUUCUAUUGUCCUCAAAUAAAAAAAAGUAGAAAUUAAUUUAUUAUCAAACCUCAGUAGCUGUUGGAGGUUUUAUUGAUAACAUUUUUAUGACUAAAAAAAACAUCCACAGAGCUUUCAGAGAGGUGUGGAAUAAAAGUCCCCCCCCCCCAUUUAUGAUUAUAUAUUAAUUUUUUUUUAAAUUGUUGAGUCCAAUAAAUGUGUUGUUUCCCUCAAUGUGAGUUGUCUGACAUUUGGUUGCUGCUUCUAACAAGGCUUGUGAGCCAAUAGUUUAACGGCGUAGGAUCACGUGGUAUCUCGUGGUUGUCCGCUGGGACGACAGCACACAGUCAGUUAUAUCCGUUUCAAACCACCACAACACGCAGUAACUUGGAUCAGUUCUCCAGGAUUUUGCGGUCGCAACAAAUAACACAAAUUCUGCCAGUCCUGUGAUCUGUGCGACCUUGCAAUUUUGUAGGAUUGCGGCAAAUUAACCCAAAAUUUGACUCUUUAAUACUGGUAAAAUCUCAGUUCUUUAGAGAGCUGCGUGUAGUAUGACAGUUCACUGAGCCCCCUCACGAAAAGCUGUCGGGAAAUCAGGCAUUUUCAAACUGCAGCAAUUGAAAAAAAGAGCCCACAAAAUCCUGGAGGGACUGCUAAAUCUGUAGCUACAUGUUGCAAACUGAAUUCAUUACUUUACCAUCAAAGAGUCAUCACUUGACAUGACUGAGUCUGUCUGUCCACUCGAGCAUGAAAUAUGCAGGUUGUGCAACUAACUGGCAACUGUUUGUUUUUUGAGCAACAGCAGUAAGUUGAUCUUAAUGCGAUGGAAAGGGAGUGCGACAUCUAGUGGCCAAUGUUAUCAAUAGCACCUUUAACACUUACUUGGUGAGAGCUACCAAAACAAAUGACGUCCUUAAAAUGUAAAGGUGUGGCAUAUUUGUUUUGCUACCGUUCUUUCAGUUGUCUGGUUUGCGGGUUAUAAAUGUAUCCUCCUCAGUGAGGAAGCUGUUUAAAGUUGGAAAAUAUCUUCCAGUCAGUACCAUUGUUUAAACUGAGGGGGUCUGCUAGAUUUCUUCAUAUUUGACGUGUUGUAUUUCUUUGUCUUGUCUCUGGAGGUUAAGUAGCGUGGAUGUCAGGUUUUGGAUUUUUUUUGUUCUGGCCAUUCAGGAUGCCCAAACGCUGAGACAGACUGGUAUCAAAUGGCCACAAAAAUGCCAGAUGCUGAAAAUAAACUGACAUUGUGACUUGGCUUGUUAACUGUAUUAAUACUGUAUUUGCUUGAAUGCAAAAAGAUGUAAAUUAAAACUACCAUGUUAAACAUGUACCUUUUACCCUGGAGGAAUGCCAUUCACCAAACUGAUUUCUGUUGUCGAGGUCAUUGCAUUUAUGAAACAGUCCUGCUUGCUGGGAAAGAUGUUUUAUGGAUUUUAUUAGUUUGAGUCAAGAGAUAUUUGAGGUUUAUUUUAGUGCUGAAAAACAAGUCAUCCGUGAUAACAAGAGAUGAUUUAAAAAUGAUUUGGUGGCUUGUUCUCUUUCUGCAGGAGCUUUGCAGAUCUUUUAAUUUUAACAUAUUAUUUCCAAAACAUGAUAACUUAAAGUGUCCUUUUGUAUGUGACCUGUACUAUAUGAUUCAUUUAAUAUUGUAUAUAUGAUUUACCUUGUUUCAUGUAGUGUUAUAUAUCUAGAUUAAUUUUGUACAAAUUGUCCCUCUGUACAGAAUAAAACAUCAAUAGCAAGUGAAAGAAGUCAAUUUGGCACAUACCGUCUUAUUUCUCCUGGUUUUGGAUGUACUUUCAGCGACACACAGAUCUAGAAAAUGUUCUUAUUUUUAUGAUUCAAAUCUGCAAAGGUUCCUCCCUCCUCUAUAUAACUGACAAAUGUUCAUGCCCGUUGUGUGCUCCUAUCACUGUCUUUAGUGGUGUACAACUAUAUAGGAUGAAUAAAGAGAUUAUUUGAAUAUAUAUUUUCAA